GCAGUGGCCCCAAAAGGGGUACAAAUGAGACACGAACCACAAAGAAAAAGAAAGACAAAUCACAAAAUCCAAAAAUGACAUGCAGAACAAAGAAGAAGAAAAUCUUAAAAACAGUGGUGGUAUCAAAACCAAAUAAGAAAGAAGGGCCUUCUUACAAGAAGAAUUACUGUUUGUUUUGUUCGAAACCCAUGUACAAAAUGUCAAGACAUCUUUCAAAAGUUCACAGUGACAAAGCUGAAGUUGCCUUGGCGUUCCAGCAUCCUGUAAAUUCCAAGGAAAGAAAAAGAGUUUGGGAAAAACUAAUAAAAGAAGGAAACUUUGCUCAUAAUAAGGACGUUUUAAAAACAGGAAAGGGAGAGCUCAUUGCACAAAGAAGACCCAGAAAACUGUCAAAAUCAACAGACUUCGUCCCGUGUGUUCACUGUCUUGGUCUCUAUAGAAAAAAAUCAAUGUGUGUCCACAUGAAAAGGUGCUUUUCAAAUGGAAAGAGGGAAGAUAUAUCAAAUGGGAGAAAAAGAGUCAUAUCGCAGUGUGUACUUCUAACAAAAAGCUGUGGUGACCUAAGUGAGGAGUUAAAGAACAUCCUAGGUGAGAUGGUAUAUGAUGAGGUGACAGAAACUGUGAUGGAAGACCGAUUAAUUCUGCAGUUUGGAGAACACAUAGCUAAUGAAGUUCGCAGCACGAACAAGAAUGAAUAUGUAAGACAACAACUUCGAGCUGUGGGAAGACUUGUGCUAGAGGCCCAAAGGUCCACCCCUAUGCAGAAUCUGGAGGAUUUCUUUGACCCCUCCAACUUCCAUCAUGUGGUGUCUGCUGUGAAAGUUUUAGCAGGUUAUGACUCAGAAAAGAAAACCUACACCCUUCCAUCAAUGGCUAAUAAGCUUGGUUACAACCUAAAGAAGAUCUGUGGCAUUGUACAGCAGAAUGCCAUUAAAUCUGGUGAUACCAAAGUCCAAAGGUCAUGCAAAACCUUUCUCUCUUUGCAUGAUAAGAAAUGGAGGAGACUCAUUUCAUCACAUGCUUUAACAAGUAUGAAGAAUUCUAAAAGGAAAAAUGAAAAAAAUGUGCCAUUUGCCGAAGAUGUGAAAUGUCUGUAUUACCACAUGGAGACUGCCUAUCAUCUUGCUGAGAAGAAUCUCAGAGAGAACGUUUGUCCAGAAAGCUACGCUGCCCUGGCCAGUGUAGUACUGGCUCAGACCAUUGCUUUCAACAGGGGGAAAUCUGGAGAGGUCUCAUCAAUAACAGUAAAGGCCUUCAUGUUACGAAAAAGGUCAGAAGUUCUCGAUGACUUGGACGUUUCUGUGUCAAAUUUGGAAAGAACCUUGUGCGGUUUCUUCAGUAGAGUAGACAUCAGAGGAAGCUCUGGGAGAAUUGUCCCCAUUUUGCUAAAGCCUUCGUUUGAGUCGGCUAUGGAGCUUCUGAUAAAAGUCCGUGACAAAUGUGGAGUCCACAGUGACAACCCCUUUGUGUUUGCACGAACGUGUGGACCAACUGCCUAUCGUGGGUCAGACUGUAUCCAGAAAUACGCUAAUGGAUGUGGAGCUAAAAACCCCAAAGCUCUGACAUUGAUGAAACUUCGUAAACAUUUUUCCACAAUGCUACAGCUGAUUCACCUGGAUGAAAAUGAGGCCCAACAGAUUUUUGGCCCUAAUAAUCAGAUCCAGUCAAUGGUGCAGAACAACCUGUGUGUAAAUACAGAAAUGCAGUCUGAAGGCCCAGACUCACGCCCCAAAACCAAGCAUAUAUGGAAUGAAACAGAGGUUCUUGCUGUUGAAAAACACCUGAUGCAGUUCAUUACCAAUCAAAAGAUACCUCAGAAGGACGACUGCGUUCGUUGCCUCGAAGCUGAGCCACUUGCUCUGAAGAAACGUGAAGGACUACGUCAGAAACCGAAUCACGACUCUGCAAAGACAAAACGGCUUUUGCAAGGAUCCAUCAAAACCCAGCGUCAGGCGCAGGCAGAAGGAGCCACAGCAGAGCUCUGUGAGACCACAACCUACUAACAGACAAGAAGUUAUCACAGAGCAGCCCAGUGUGGUCCCCAGUUUAAACUUUGGACCAGUUCACUUUGGAGGAACCAACUUUGUUCCCAACGCAGCUCCACAGGAUAGACAUUGUAGCAUUUUCCUGCAUAUAAAUAAUCAUUUCUGAUUAGAUUUCACUUGUUCCUAUGACAACGGCUCAGGAAGGACGAAAAACCCCACUUUGACUUCAGACUAUUUUCUAAAGAUUUUUGCAUGGAACUCCCUUUGUGGCUCGAAUUAACAUCUCUUACACAAACCCCCACCAGACGUCCUGAUGCUUUACUGUUAAUAGAUAAGAAUUGCCACAUUCCUGUUGCUUCCAUCCCCUGUAAGCACAGGACUGUCUGUUGGUUCCUCUUCAAAGGGAUCAUAAAUGCCUUUAACCAGACUCUUUGGCUUGACUGGGAACAAAGGACCUACAUUCUUCAUUAAAUGUUAAUAAAAGGAGAAAAGAUAAAGGAA